AUCCACAUCCCAGGUGAAAGAUGGCGGCGACGCCGUACCGGCUGCGAUGCUCCUUGCUGGGUCAUUCGAUGGACGUGAGGGCCGUUGCGGCCGCACACAAACCCGAAGGUGCCAUCGUCACAGGCUCGAGGGACCGAACGACGCGGAUCUGGCUGCCAAAUGAGGGCAGCUGCGACUAUUAUGAAAGCCAGUGCCUCAUGGGGCCGAGCAAUUUCGUGUCCAGCGUGUGCACGGUGCCACCCUCGGAGCAGUACAAGUCCGGCUUCAUCCUGGUGGGCAGCAACGACUGCAGCAUCUACUGCUUCAGUCCCGAUUCGCCACAGCCCCUGUACAAGCUGCUGGGACAUAGCGGAGCCGUCUGCGCCCUGGCAGCAGGUCAGUUCGGCACGCUUCUCAGCGGCUCCUGGGACAAGACAGCGCGCGUCUGGUACGGCCAGAAGUGCGUGAUGACCCUCGAGGGCCACCAGCACACAGUCUGGGCAGUCCAAAUCUUCCCCAAGCAGGGGAUCAUGCUCACUGGAUCGGCCGACAAGACCGUGAGGCUGUGGAGGGCAGGAAAAUGCGAACGGAUCUACACUGGUCACGAGGACUGCGUCCGCGGUCUAGCCAUUCUUUCCAAUAUGGAGUUUCUCUCGAGCUCCAACGACCAGACCAUCCGGCACUGGACGGCCACCGGAGAUUGCCUGCGUGUGUACACCGGACACACCAACUACAUCUACUCGAUCUGCACACUACCCGACUCUCCCGCUGGCACGGAAGAGUUUGUCACGUGCGGCGAAGACCGAACUGUGCGCAUCUGGACAGUUGGUGGCGACUGUGUCCAGACGAUCGCGAUGCCGGCGCAUUCGGUGUGGUCGGUGGCGUGCCUGGCCAAUGGAGACAUCGUUGCUGGCACAAGUGAUGGCGUCGCUCGGGUGUUCACGAGGCACGCAGAGCUUCAGGCGCCGCCCGAGGAGCAGGCGGCGUUUGCGGAGGCAGUCGCCAAGUUUGCACUGCCAGCUCAGGAGAUCGGCGACCUCAAGAUCAAUGAACUGCCUGGCAAGGAAGCCCUCUUUGAACAAGGUCAGAGAGAUGGCCAGACAAGAUUGAUACGAGAGGACAACUUGGUCUCGGCAUACCAGUGGGUUGCAGCCGACAAUUCGUGGCAGAAAAUCGGGGACGUCGUGGGCGCGCCAAACGCGGACACUCCCGUUGGCAAGAUCACGUACGAAGGAAAGGAGUACGACUACGUCUUUGACGUUGACUUGGACACCGGCGGGAAGAUGAAGCUGCCAUACAACGUGACCGAGGACCCGUGGCACGCCGCGCAGAACUUCAUUCACCGCCACGAACUGAACCAGUAUUACCUCGACCAAAUUGCGAACUUCAUUAUUCAAAACACCAAGGGCAUGGUUAUCGGGAAUGCCGUUCCUAGUACAUAUCAGGAUCCCUUUACAGGUGGCUCAAGAUAUAUCCCAGGAACUUCAACACCCCAGCCUGCGCAACAAGCAUCAUCGCAACAAGGUGACUCAACGGAUGUCGACAAUGCAGCGGGCGACAUGACUGUCGGUGGCCAUUUCUUCCCCCACACGUCGUUCGUCCGCUUUGACGUUGCCAACAUCCAGGGAAUCCUGAGCAAGAUGCGGGAAUUCAACGCCCAAGUCCCUCCCGCUCACACGGUGGACGACGAAGACUUGGUUCACCUGAUGGAGCUGGCCAGUGCAUCGGGAGCACCCAGUGAUGCCCAGAUGGCCGCUCUCGAAAAGGUGGUGCAUUGGCCGGAAGAUUAUGUGUUCCCGGCGCUGGACCUGCUGAGGCUCGCGCUGCGAAAUCAGACAGUGAACAGCCGUGUGUGCCAGAUGAGCGGGGCGCAGCUGUGCAGCCUGCUGAUUGGUCUGCUGUCGUCGACGGGCCGCAACGCGGCGGCCAAUCAAAUGCUAGUCUUGCGCUGCUUGUGCAACCUGUUCUCCCAGCCGAGCGGCGAAGCACUGGCACUGCAAGAGCGCGAGCGGAUACUGGGCGCGCUGCAGCGGCGGGCCGCGGCCGGCGGCGCCAACAAGAACACGCAGAUCGCCAUGUCGACGCUGCUGCUGAACUUUGCCGUGGCGCACUUGCGCGAAGGGGUGGUGUGCGACCCGCAGGCCACGGAACGCAUGGUGCAACUGCUCACCACCAUGGUCGCCGUUGCGGCUGAGCUGACAGACGGCGAGGCGCAGUUUCGGCUGCUUGUGGCGGCUGGCACGCUGUGCAACGUGGAGGGUACGGGGACGGCCGAGAUCCGCGAGCUGGCAGUGGCGCUCGAACUCCCACGAAUCGUGGAGAAGUGGGUGGCAAUGGACUGCCCCGUCAAGGUGAAGCUGUGUGCGCAGCAAUUCCUCGAGUCCCUGAGGUGAAAAACGCAUGAGCUUGCCCGGCUGGCUGGGCUCUGCAAGUUAAAAUCAAUCCGUCGGCUGUGUGCUUGUUACUUUGUUGUCUUUUUUUCGCGCCGUUUGAUUUCAUGCUCGUAGCAAAUUCCUGCCUAUUGGUCCCUCGAGUCAACGCACAGGUUGUCCAAAUUCUGGAAGAACGAUUUGCGCUUUCCCUUCUUGUGAUAUAUCAAAGAAUGAUGCCUUUUUUUUCUAAUGGCAAGAGAAAAGCCGAGAUAACAACUUUUAAUAAAUUCUCGUUGGAUAUAUUCUUUCUGUUACUACGGUUUGGUACAAAUAUGUCACACUGAAUUACUGCAUUAAACUGAAACGCAUAACCUCUUUCGCGGAAGGCCCGAGGCCUAAGUCUAUUUUCCCAGUUCGGAAAGCAAAGCCUUGCACAAGUCUCCGGUGUGCGUCUUUUCUUCGUCUCCAUUUUCUUGGAGUGAUGUGUGAUUUCUUGUACAGAGCUGUUUAAGGAAUACCUGUAGGUUUAAACACAGGUUUUGAAAUUGCUGUGUAACUGUCUUUGAAAUGUUUCUUCGUGUGUGCGCCUCCGUAUUCAAGAAGUUGUGUGCACGGUCUGUGCAACCUAACCCCAACAAAGACAUCGUCACCUCUUUGCAUUCUCCUCCUUCCCCCUCGCCCCUUUUCUCCCAUGUCUCACUUCUCUGAUGCCUCUUGUAAAUACUAGCUUAGCUGUCCGCUGGACCCGGUGAAAUUCUAACAGCCCCAACACAUCAUUCUCCUGAGCGCCUGUGUCGUCCCAAACUUGCAUGCAAGUAGCGUAGUUGCAAACUUCUGUGAAUGGAAUAGAUUGUUGAUGUUUGAGGCAGAUGCAUUGUCAUGUGCACCAAAACGAAGCUGCCACAGGAAAACAUUGCUGCAAAUCAUUCCUUUACCCUGAAUCGGAAAACCGGUGGUAGAUCAAAAUUAUCUUUCACAGCCAAACAGGUCUGUGGACGUUCCCAGGUAUAUUGAAAGGGAAGUUUCGUUGCACUUGCAGAGAACGUCAUCUUUAUGAAAUUGCAAAUUCUUCGAUUAACGUAGUUCAGCAAGCUAGAGUCGGGAAAGGCUAUGCAGAGAAGUGUUCAAGGAUGCUGAAAUUCCCACUAUAUCUUAUAGAGCCUGUGGCAGAGUCGUGUGCUGACUGAAAACUCGCGACGCUUCAUUGUAGGCAGUGUUUUAUUGUUGCAGAAAAUUGUACCGUUUCUGUCAACUUAGCCUUGCAGCAGCAACUGAAAGAUGGUGCUAUUCACGUGAACAACGAUGACUCUGCAAACGCUAACAGCACCGCACUGUGGGCUGGUUUGUGGGAUUUUAAGCCCACGUGUUUAGUUUCACAAGUGUCAAGGCUGAAUGUCUGGUUUUAGAUUGCACAUGUCGACUGAAAGCACAUGUUAAUUCGACAGCUCACCUUAGGCUUAGCUUAGGCCUAAUCUUAGGCCUAGCUCGUUCUUCACAUUGCAUUGUUUGGCCAAGCUCAACUGUGGUCGCAAAGACCCACUGCAUAGCGCCUUUUCCCCUCGUGGUAUCAGUGGCCUAUGGCUUGCAAAAAAAAUUACCCCAAAGUGCUUUGCAUUUGUACAGCAUCUUGUUGCAAGCUGCCAUACAAACCGUGCCUCAGCUGUUGGACAAAUAUCUAUUUUUUUUUUUUCUGAAGUGUAUGAUAAAAAAGAAUGGAUGCGUGCUUUAUGGAACUGUGCAUAGUAUCUGUUGCCGCGGAUUUAUUACGGUGUUAAGAAGCAGAACAGAGGAAUAGCAUCAAUACCUCAGACACAUUGAAACAGAAUGCACUUGGUGUUACUGCAAUAGGUUUCACUCAGUGAAAAAUUUGGAGGCGUUAUGUAGAGUCAACAGUGUGCACUCUGUUUUGACUUUGUGAACGUGUUAGCCACUUGCACAUGCACUGGCACCUUCUCGUAACCUGUGCGAAACCUGCUACAGUAGCACGACUGGCAUUCUGAAAAAAAAAAAAAAAAAGGUCUUGGUCAGGGCAUAUCGACUUUCUGGUACUCGAACAAACCUUCACAUCAUUAGUACGUUUAGGCUGCAUUGAGAAAACUAUCACAUAUCGUUAACGAUCAUUGCACCUUACCUGCUAAACAAAUGGUUGCUUUUUACGCUCAAAGCCACUUGCCCAAAUGCGAAAUCACUUGAAAGGCCUCCCAUGGUGCCUCCGAUUGCUUUAUCAAGCUAAAUGUUUCCCUAGCGUCAAGGAACAGGAGCGAGCACCCUGGCUUGAUAAGUAGCUGCUUGUGUACUGGCACUUUCACGUAGCCUGGUUUGCUCAUUUCGACAUGCUUGUGAUUGAACUGAGUUGACCAUGUUUAAUGGCAGGCACUAGACAUUAAUGAUAGCACUUGCAAUUUUGAAAUAUAAUCCACCAGUUUUUUCUCUAAAAAAAAAAAACGUGUGAAAAAGUCUUUUAUGGCACGUACAUGUGAUAUAUUUCAAGAACACUGAAGUAAGGUUGUGCUUUUUUUAUGGGAAUAUUUUCCCCCAACUGCCCGAAAACGUACGCACCGCAUCGCAGCACUGAUAACUGUGAUGAUGGUGUCGCAGAGCGUGGAGGAUUGGUGCCUCGUUGCCACCUGGUGAGUUUUUUUGCAACCAAAGAAAUAAAACUGAGAGAGUGCUUUUAAAGGAAACAUCUUGUGCCUCGCCUCUUGACUGUGCAGUCAUGCCCCCAACUCUCAAACUACGUGUGAAAGCGACUUGCCGUGUCAAGUCAUUUGUGAAGAGCUUGCAGCUGUAUGCGUCAGGAAAGGAAAACUAUUUACCGAUAAACCAUUCCACCAGGAUUGCACAUCCUGCCUCUUCAGAAUAUCAUUCGAGUUCAUCGAAUGAAACACUGGAAGAGGGGAGAAUUCACUUUUUGUAAAGCUUUGAUGAAACAUCCACAACAAAAUAAAUUAGCAUGAAUCCAUAUACCAAUAAGGGUCCGUAAUUUUAUCAAUAAGGCGUUCGUAAGUUGUCGGUGAAAUUCUUGGUGCAAGUUAUCAGUGAGCAUUACGGAUAAUUUUGGAAUUAAGGUAAGUACUAGAUGUGCGCAUGAGAGAAUGUGCCAUACACUAUCCUUGGUUCACUUGUAGCAAUACAGUCGCUCGCGUGACACUUUGCACUACCAGUGACGGACACAUCGCCAUUUACGGGUAAUAGCGUCCGUAGCUCUGUGUAAAGACUGCUUGUUCGGCUCUGUGCAAGCAACACCUUCAGCCGUAGACUGAGUAUUCGUCCGAGAAUAUUUUCCCGGUUCUUCCUGCCGUUUGGCUGAUCCAGAUUGUACUUUUUGUGGCAUCACACAUAUUUACUGAAGUGGGAGUGUGACUUUAAAAGCAUGCUCGGGGCAUGCAUGAGAGCUUUUGUUGUUUGUGCACAGGUGGUGCCUGGCAUCAGCGUUGAUAGAGCCUUCAACGUUUUCGAGACAUACUUUUUUCCUGUUAGAAUAGCAGUGCAUGAGCCGUUUGUCCAAACAGUUAGCACUGCCGUUAUGAGAGUGCCCGACACUUCUCCCCUUCUGCCGAACUUCUCGGGCUGGAAAAAGAAACAUCAUUGACAUUUGGUCAGCCAUAAUGGUCUGAACUAGGAUAAUGUGAUGCCACCAGCUGUUUUGUUGGCAGAUGAAAGAAACAGUAAGUUUGAGUGACAGCAUUCUGACAUCGAGUGUGAAAGAUAGAACACAUGUACAUGUGUACAUAAAUAUGGCUGAAAAAAAGAAUGCGCCCUCGAUUAUAUACAUAUGCACCCACAUCACUUGCAUACUUAGUGUGUACACUACUGGUACAUAUAUUUCACGUGCAAAUGUGCAAACACGAGGCACAUGCAUGAACAUGUUCCCUACCAUCUUUCAUUUUGCACUUCUGGAACUGUACCAAAAUAUAGUGGCAUGCCCACGUAGGGGGGGGGGGUGGCAUUGCUAAAAUUUGAAGAAAAUAUAGUAGCGCAAGAAACGUGUUUCUGUGGACCGUUUUCAUAGCAACAGUCUGAGGAAAGAAACGUGCUGCUAAUGUGGAAUUUACAUUUGAGCCUCUGUCUUUCGGCAAAUGUUGUCACAGGGUUGAAGUCAGCCCAGCCUCUUAAAGAUCAUGUUGGUUUGCUUACAUGUUUCACCUGUACAUAAGAUGAAUCCUCUCUAUGCUGAAGCAUGGCUUUUUCAACACAAAAUCUUGCUGGGCUUUCUUUGGGAGAGCAGCACCUUGGCAGUGUGUCAGAAGUCGGAUACAACUUUAUUAUAAGGUAGCAGCGUUUCUGCUGCAUUUUCUUCUCAAAGUUUAAUGAAUAUGAGCGCACUCUUAUGCUGACAGCGGAGGCCAGUGCCUCCGCUGUUCAGGAACAUGGCCAAAAAUGUAUGGGGCUAUUUCUUUAGUUGCGGAGGCAAUCGGCUGCCGCAUUUCAAUCAUCUUCCUGUCCUGCCUUCUUAAGUUCUAUCCGACUGCAGUGCUAGUGCAUCAACACUGCUUUUGCGUGUUGUUGUGCCAGCUCCGAAACAGCGUAACAUGCUUUGCACAAUAAUUGUUCUGAUUUGGGGAAAGUGCGUUUGCUCAAAACUUUCUUCUGACACUAUUUCGGUUUGCUUUGUCGGUUGCUAAUUUAUGCAGGUGUACUUUUGUAGCACUAGCUUCCUUGUACUGCCGUGCUGUUUUUACGUCACAGUCCGCCACACGUGUUCGAGACAUGGGAUUGUGGCCUCAAAAUCAGUAUUUCGAUCAGUUUGUAUGCGUUUGACACUGUUUUUUGUGAAGUUCAAAGCGUGCAUUGCCUUACCAGAGCGUAGAUCCACACUUGCCGAAGAACCAUUGUUUCAAAAAUUUUUGUGGUCGACUGUACAUCGCUAGUGCAUCUAUACACAUACACACACACAAAAAAAAUAUUUGUUGACAUACGUGUGCUUUCUCUACUGUCAUUUCCCUUGCAUCAUUGUAUUUGUUGCAUAAAAUAGUGCCUAAUCAGUUUUUAUAACUGCAUCCUUGUGCACUUGCAGGGACACUACAGAGAAACAUUAAGUUUUGAGUGGUAUUGCAUCUUAUUGCAUCUUUGAGCAGUAUUGCUAAUUUGUGCUAAACAGCUGUUGCUAAUAGAAGAGAAAAUGAAGCCUAUAUUUUCACUUUUUGAAAACAUUGUGCCUAUACUUUGGUGCUCAUUUUCGAAUGUUGCCAUGUAGUUCACCGUUUUUGUUGUAUUUGGGCAAUGGGCCAUUGCAGCCCAGUGGAAAAUUUUGAACUUGUCAAGUUCAAUUUUUGUCUUCCUUAUUACGCAAUGUAGUCUUUACUGAUAAAAGGCCAGCUAGUCCUUACAAUGUGCCAUCAAAAAUCAAAGAUGUCGCACUAGGCUGGUGCGGGACUUCAAGGCAGCGACAUCAGCCAUCUUUUCUUGCUUUGCGAAGUCUUUCCUCAUUUUGACGAGCAUUGUGGAAGAGCGAUUCACUGAUGCAACCCAAAUUAUGAGACUUCUUUCUUUAAUGUCUCUUUAAAAAACGCAUGCUCCUUUCUACGUGUGCAUUAGGUUUAAUGGCAUCAGCUGUGGCAUUGUGGGCACAUAAAAAUUGUGACCACAUAGAUUGCAUUUCUGAGGCACCAACUGAGUGCAGUGAUUCUGCACCGAACUGAGGUUAAACCCUAUUGAGAUUCCUUUUUAUUUUUUUUUGCCCUUUAAAGGCAAAUAUAUCGUGGAUGGGUGGCCUUCUGGUGUAACACUCACACAUGCAAGUGAUGUUGGGGCAUUGCAUAUGUACACUCAGUAAACAUAUAAAAUUGAGACGUUUAGAUGGUGGGAUUUGAACGCUGGACCUCUUGUGCUGAAGCCUGAUACUUUAACCGUUACGCCAUAGGGGCAUGCCUGAUUGGGCAUGACGGAAUACCUUUAAGAUUGUCUCGCAUGCAAGCACAUGCAUAUGUAAACUUUGUCAUCGAGUAACCAUUAUGCUGUUUGCAUUGACAGUGAUCAUUGACACCACUCAAUUUCUACUGUUUUUUUUGUUUUUUUUCAUGUUUUAACAGAACGACGCAAUGUCGCACAUUAUGUGUGCCUCCACAGAAGUAUGCUGUUUUUUUUUUUUGCCAUGAAUGGUUGGCAAAAUCCUUGAAAGGAAAUGUAGAUGAAGGCUUAAUUGCUUUAAGCUUUGUGGAAAUUCCCUUAUAGCAGUAAGAAAGGAGAGGGGGUGUCUAGACAGUUCUUGAUGCCCAUCACUUAAAAAAAAAGGGGGAAGAGGGGGUC